AUGGAACAUUCAGCGCAGAAAAAGAGCAGGGCAAAGUCGUGUACAGCAUGUCGCCAGGUUAAGCUCAAAUGUGACGCUCGAGAAACGUAUCCAUCACCUUGUUCGCGAUGUAAAAAUGGCAAAUACGAGUGCAAAAUGGACGCAUCUUUCAAGAGGGUGGCGACGAGACGGCGUGUCGAGGAGCUCACCAACCAGCUUAAUUCAGUCCAACGAGCUUUAGCAUUUGAACAGCUCGCAGAUGUUCCGAAUACGGAAACAUUUCAACCACCAGCCCAUACCAUGUCCGCCUCGUCCACUACGCCUUCGGACCAAGCACACACAACCCACUCACUUUACAACGUGCCUCAGCCGACCACUUCCACUGAGGCCCCUGUGAUGGACACCCCUUGGUUUGACCGAAACAUCCUCACAUCUCAACCGAACCCCGCUUUUUGGACUCUUGAUAGAGUCAUAAUUGAUCACCAAACUGUGAUGGACUUAUUCCAGCAAUUCAACGAUUUCUAUUUUCCACAUCUACCCAUCUUUGAGCCUGUUACCUCUUUGGAAGAGCUGUAUACCUCGGCUCCAACUCUGUUCUGGGGUAUUGUCUACAGCGCUAGCCUUCACCAUCCUGAACACUGGAAUGUUCACGAUCAAUUAAGAGACGCAUAUCAAUCACUCCUAGAAAAAACAACAUCGAGGCCAAUUCAGGUCUUUGCAGAGUUACAGGCGUUGAUUCUGAUAUGUCACUGGCCUUUAGAGAUAGUCUCGCAAAGUGAGGACCCAAGCUGGGGCCACUGCGGACUGGUCGUAAAUACUGCGCUGCAUAUGGGCUUGGACAAAUUCCAGGACGAGGUCUUGUUUGGCCAUCGGAGAGCAAAGUUUACUCUUAGGCUCGUGCGACCGAGGAACCGCAUGAUGACCUGGAUGAAGUGUUUCCAGAUCAGUUGUCAAUUGAGUGCGUGGCUAGGACUACCACCUCCGAUUUCAUCAUCAUCAAGCUUACACAAGCUUACAUUACUCUACGACGAUAGCACUAUACCCCUUGAGGUGAUUGCAAUGACGGAGAUACAACGCCAAUACGCUAGAAUCACCACCAUCUUCGAAGAAAGCAACAAUGAGCCGUCUCUAACUCUAGUUCAAAUGUUCAUAUAUGACCUUGACGACGUCAAAAGGCGUUUCUCUUCAGCAUGGACGAUACCCUGCGAAAUUAAUUUUCUUGGUGUAAAAUUAUACAUCUUAGCGAUUCCACUGGUAUCAAUCGACCAACAGCGACUCGCUUCUCUCCAAGGGUCAGAUACCGCCACAUUUAUGCACACGAUAUUGCAAGGAGGACAUUCCGCAGCUUUAAGACUGACCAACCUAAUGGCCGAGAUAGGUGGUCCCCAGAACCUCCCACGAGAACCACGCUGUGCGCCAUACGAGACAGGUGGCUGUCCUAUCUUGGCCCACCCGAAAACUCAUUUCCGCCUCGUGUACUACGCCUGCGUUGUCCUUCUCAAGUAUCUUGACUGCAAUCACUCCGCCUCUCCAGGCGAUAAAGAAGCCGCCAGAAACGCUGUAUCGAGCACAUACCAGCUCUUCAACAACCUCCGCACCUCUCCCCAGCAUGUCCGCGCAGCUGCCUCCCUGGAGGUACUUGCUCGGACCAUAGUGCCAAACAAGGAACGAAUGGCGACCAAUGUCAAGAGCCGCAUGGGGGCGUCACUGAUGUACAACGCUAUCUGGACGGCGGCGAAUAUACGAGGCUAUCAUCUUGACCCGAAGUACUCAGUCGACGCAUCGCCCGUGGCACACCGCAACUCUCUUACCCCAAGUUCUUCAACAAACGCCGCGGACCUCAGUCGUACGACUACUCAUGAAGUCCGUCCCAGCGCGGCUCCAAUAGCGGAGCCCAUGCUACCCGCGAUCAACCAUGGCAUGAACGAUAACUUCCCUUGGGGCGUUUGGGACAACGGGUUGUUUGAUGCGCUAGGAUUCAGCUGGGAAGACCAGCCAUAUGCGGAGAUUGCUGGGAACAUGGACUUCUUCUAAACCGGGUACAUCGCAUCGCAAAAGCCGUUGUUUUCAACACCACCUCUUCCACUGGCUGCUGGGAUGUGAC